GGCGGACAACAUCAAUGCUCAAAAGUUCUGAAGAGUUUUUAAAGGAUACUUUUUAACAGAUACAAAGUGGUGACAUUCCAGUCUCCUGCUGGGUCAUCAUCGGUGUGCCCUGUGAGUCCCAAGGUGUGGGAGCUGAAGUAUUAUUUGGCAUAAGGCCUGCAACAAGUGCCAUCCUGAUAUAAAGUUCAGCCUGAUACAGUGUUUAUAUGGAAUUCAAGAUGGCUGAAGAUGCAGCAUCCAGUCCCAGUCUGAACAGCGCUCCCAACAGGGCCAAAGUUACCAGGUUGAAAGACCAGGUUGUCCUCAACCAGGAGCCCAAGCCUCCAGUUUUUGUUCGGAAACUCCGCAAGGCUGCGGUAGGAACGGGCUGUGAUAUCCGCCUGAGGAUGUCAGUGGCAGGUUUUCCAAGACCGUCGCUCACCUGGUACCACAACGACACACUCCUGCCUCCCACAGAAGCCCAAGGCCCAGGAGGGUUAUGGAUCCGGGACUGCCGUACGGGGGACGCUGGCUUGUACACCUGUGUGGCUGCCAAUAAGUUGGGGGAGGCCAGCUGCAGCGCCUUCCUCGCCAUUAUGGAUCUUGGAGAAGACUCUGAGACCACAGAGGAUGAGACCAAUGAGCCCCAGAUGGAACCCAAAGGAGGGCUGGGGAGACAAGACAAGACCGCCCGGGGAGGACCCUUAGGUGAGGGUGAUCGGAUGAUGGACUGUAACCCUGAUGGCUCUGAUCACCGAGCUCCCCUUCCAGGCUCCUAUGACCCCAUCGUAGAACGGGAGCUCAGGGCGCUGGGCUCUCGUCCCCCAGGGCCAAACAUGGACCCCACAAACACAUCCAGGAAAACCACACAGAACUCUCCAAACACUCUGCUUAUCACCUCACCAGAACACCAAUCUCCCUUAAGCAAGGAAAAGGACAGAUCCCCCAGUCCCAAGGGGAAAAGUGUGUCACCGGUCACAGUGAGGGAAUCCGAGUCACAGUAUCCAAACAAGCCUCCUAGGCUCACCCCGUCACCAACACCUUCCAUCAGCCCUCUUCUAAAGAGGAGGAAGGCAGAGAAAGUGGCCAUUCCCGUCAUCCUGGUGGAGGAUGAAACCAUAAAGAAUGAAGGUGAUCCAGUCCAAAUGCAGAUGAAUGAAGAGAAUAGUGGCUCUGCAAAAGCUGCAACAAAGACCUUCCUGAAAAUUAUCCGAGAGGUCAAAGAUUUGAUGGUGCAGGCCGGUGAGUCGGCCAGGUUUGAAUGUCACAUCACAGGACCUCCAGACGUCGAUGUGGAUUGGCUGUCCAAUGGGAAGCUGAUCCAGCCGGCGCUGCUUAACUGCAAGAUGCAGUUUGAUGGCCGCAGAUGCCGCCUGCUGCUGAAUUCCGUGCACGAAGACGACAGUGGGACGUACACUUGUAAAUUGAGUACGGCUAAAGAUGAGUUGACCUCCAGUGCAAACCUAAAAGUGACUCCCUCCAAGGAGCCAUUGUUCACACGCAAGCUGGACGUCCUCGAGGUCAUCGCAGGUCGCACGGCCCGCUUAGACUGCAAGGUGAGCGGGUCACCGGCGCCACAAGUCACCUGGAUGCACUUUGAGUCAAGAGUGGAGGAGAGCGACAACGUUUGCAUUCUCAUAGAGGGGGGCCGCCACUCGCUUGUCAUUGCCAACGUCAGCAGCGAAACAGAGGGCUUCUACACAGCCGUGGCUCAGAACAUUCACGGGAAGUCUGAAUGCACUGCUGAGCUUUACAUACAAGAACACAGGGCCACUGUCUCUUCUCACAUGUCCAAACUUGAGAAGAUGCCAUCCAUCCCAGAGGAGCCAGAGCAGCUGGAGAGUGACAUGGUGAAGAGAACCAUGCCAGACUUUGUCAAACCUCUGGCUGAUCUAGAAGUGAUCGAAGGCAAAGAGGCUGUGCUAAACUGCAAGGUGACAGGCCUGCCUUACCCGGCCAUCAGCUGGUACCACAACGGCAAGUGCAUUGAGAGCAGCGAAGAGCACAAAAUGACCCAGAACAGGGAUAUCCACAGUCUGGUCAUUCAGACCGCUUGUCAUGCUGAUGGUGGAGUCUACAAGGCCGUGAUCGCAAACAAAGUUGGCAAAGCAGCCUGCUAUGCACAUUUAUACGUUACAGAUAUCGUUCCAGAUCCACCCGAUGGCCCCCCAGUCAUAGAGGCCAUCACAGGAAAAACUAUAAGCCUCAGCUGGAACAAAUCAAAGAGAUUAGAUCCAUUUUAUGAUCCUGGCUCCUUGUUGUAUAUGCUCCAGCAGCAACCUCUGGGUUCCAUUCAGUGGUCCACUGUGGCAUCUAACUUGACGGAAACCAGCUACACAGUCACUAGCCUUUCCAAGGGGGUCCGCUAUGCUUUCAGGACACUGACGUCCACCGGCAAGACACUCAGCAAGCCUUCACCAUCCACAGAUCUAGUCCAGCUCCUGGACAGAGGACCUUAUUUGAGGAAAGCGCCAGUCAUCAUGGACAAACCUGAUGUUGUGUAUGUGGUUGAGAACCAACCCGUUAGCAUCACCAUCACCCUGAACCAUGUGCACGCCACAAUCACUUGGAAAAGGAGGGGCGUGGUAUUGGUCCACAAACCAGGGGUGUGCGAGAUGAGCAUGCCGGAUGACGAUCAACACUCCUUGAAGCUUCAGCGUGUCAAGGCCUUGGACCUUGGCCAGCUGGUGGUGAUGGCGAGCAACCAGUUUGGCAGCGACCUUUGCACACUGCAGCUGGUCAUGGCAGUGCCGCCAAAGUUUGAAACCAUCAUGGAGGAUGUGGAUGUGUAUGCUGGAGAAACGUCCCGUCUGGCUGUUGUGGUCGAAGGGAAACCAGAUCCAGACAUUCAGUGGUACAAGGAUGAUCUACUUCUCUCCGAGAGCAAUUACUUCACCUUUGUAUAUGAUGACCCAGAAUAUUCUCUUGUGAUCCUCAAUGCCCACACGGAGCACUCUGGCGUGUACACGUGUACAGCUAAGAACAUAGCCGCGUCAAACUCCUGCAAGGCUGAACUGACAGUUCACACAGAGCGAAAAGAAGCCAUCGAACCAAUGGAAGAUGAGGGAACCAUUCUCAGGAAGAUGAGACGCUUGACAGACUACUAUGACCUCCACAAAGAAAUUGGCAGGGGGACCUUCUCAUAUGUGAAACGAGUGACUCAGAAGAAGGGAAAGAAGGAUUUUGCCGCCAAGUUCAUAUCUGCACGUGAAAAGAGGAAAGCCUCGGCACUGCGAGAGAUGCAACUGCUGUCCGAGCUAGACCACAAUCGGAUCAUCUACUUCCAUGACGCCUUUGAGAAAAAGAAUUUGGUGGUGCUGAUAACAGAGUUGUGUCACGAGGGACUGUUGGAACGAAUCUCCAGAAGAACUACAGUCACAGAGCGGGAAAUUCGUCAAAGUGUUCAGCAGGUGUUGGAAGGCCUUCAGUACCUUCAUGAGAAAGACAUUGCCCACCUUGACUUAAAGCCAGAAAACAUUUUGAUGGCAGUUGCUGGCAGUGACCAGAUCCGCAUUUGCGACUUUGGUAAUGCCAUCAAACUGGAUUCGCAAGAGGACCACUACUGCAAGUAUGGCACACCAGAAUAUGUGGCACCAGAGAUUGUGAACCAAACCCCUGUCUCAACAGCAACAGACAUAUGGCCUGUCGCGGUCAUUACAUAUCUCUGUCUAACAGGAGUGUCACCAUUCACUGGUGAAAACGACAAAGCCACAGUGUUAAACAUUCGCAACUACAACGUGGCCUUCGACGAGAGCAUGUUCUCUGACCUCUGCAAAGAGGCAAAGGGGUUUGUCGUCAAGCUCUUGGUGGUGGACCAACUGAGGCCGAAUGCCAUUGAGUGCCUUCGUCACCCUUGGUUCAAGUCAGAAAGUAACAAGAACAUCUGCACAGCAAGGCUAAAGCAGGUUUUGUCUAGAAGGCGAUGGCAGCGCUCCCUACUCAGUUACAAAUCAAAAAUGGUGAUGCGGACAAUCCCAGAGCUACUUAACGACGAGACUAGCCAUGUGUCGAUUGCCGUGGCGCGGCAAUUAAAGGAAGGCUCACCACCACCUUCUUCAUCCUCUGACUCAGAUGCAGACGUGGAUGAGCUUCCCUUCAUUCCUAUGCCGCUAUCUAUGUUCUUCUCCGGUUCCAGAGUCUCCCUGAAUGAGAUGCCUGGGGAUGAACAUGUCACAGAGGGGCCCCAUGAUAUUGCUGAAAGAACUAAGGAAAACUCGGACACAGCUGGUGUCAAAGGAGGAAUUGGUAAAAGUGUGACACGUAAAGACGGCAACCCAGAUGAAGAGAUAAUUCAACAGACAAAAAGAGCUCCAUUUAAAAAAGGAUCAAGUACAGAGACUGAUGAGUCUCUGACAAAAUCAAGAAGAUCUACCAUGAGGAGAGGCAGCUCUGCUGACUCUGCAUUGUUGCUUCACAUGGACCUGGAGGAGGGUGAUAUCCAUGAAGCUAUAGAAACGAGCAGCAAUAGCCUGAAAAAGACAGUUUCUUUGGAACUGCCUAACCGUAGCCCAAGCCCUGGAAUGACAAAACUAAGCCAGGAGGAUUACGCCUUGAAACUGGAGCUCAUGAGACAGCGGCUACUCAGGGGAGGUAGCAUGGAUAAAAAGAUGAGCGGCCUCCGUGGGCCCUUAUUUGAAACACUUGGCAUGGAGGAUGAAAGACAGACAGGGUCUCUCGAUCGCAAUCUGAGGAGAUCCAGAGCGGAUCCAUCGACACUCAUGCGAGCAGCAUCCUCUGAGAGUGCUGGACAGGACACACCAAAAACCAAAGUUUUUCAGAAAAGCGCCUCCUUCAGUCAAGGAGAUUCUGAAACAAUGCCCCUUCAUCGCAGGUAUGGAGCUCCCUUAGAAUUCCCAUCUAUAAGAAUUGGCAGCACUGAGGGGAAGAAGCUUCAGGAAGCAACAUCCAUGUCUGUCCUAACAGAACAAACGGCGAUGGAGUCACCCAUAGAGUGUGCCUCAUUUAUAUACCCAACAACAGGCGUAGUAGACCAACAGCAAAAACUGAACAGUCAAGAGAAAAGGACCAAUAAAGAAAAAGUGAACAAAGCAGAAUAUGAGCAGAGAUCAUCCUCACUUGUUACUCCUUUAAUUGUGAUAGAAGAGGAUGAUGAAGCAAAAGAAAAAAGGAAAGUAUAUCUGGAUUCUCUUAUCAAUAAAGCAAAAGUGAUUGAAGAUAAACAAACAACAAAAAACACAAAAGCAUCCUCUGCACAUGAAAGCAUCACUGAAAAAGUGUGUGAUCAGUUGAAAGAACAUGAGCCUAAAGACACCUUAACACCUCAACACCCAGCUGUGUUUGCCAAAGUGGCAACUGCUGACCGAUCCUCUGCUUCCAUUUCCUCAUCUUCAAACCCAGAAAUUCCUGGCAUGCCGCGCCACCCACUACUUAGAACAGAUAUCAAAGACAUUGACUCAGAGGAGGUCUUUGAAGCCAGAUUCAAGAAGCGGGAGUCAUCUUUGACCCGUGGCCUCAGAAAGCUAACCAGAAACAAAUCUGAGGAAAAAUCUCCUACACUGUGCCGUAAGAUCGGUGGCGGUGACGAUGAAGUUUACAGGCCGGGGCAGAGGGGAGCCCCUCUUGAAAUGUUCUCCAAAGGGCUACAGGAGAAAUCUAAAUCAGUUCAAGACCUACGGGAAGAUAAGGAGAAAGAACCAGGCCUGAGUCUUAUUGGGAGGUUUUCAAUGCGGGGAAAGAGAUCAACAUCAGCUGACAAAGAAGGGGAAAAAUCAAAAGAAAGAAAGUCUCAGGGUGCUCAGGAAAGUGCAACCCCUAAGAGGGUUACUUGGGCAAUCGGUCGUAGUAAAUCUCUGGACACAAAGGAACAGGAGGAGAGAGAACGAACGAAAGCUGAUGAGUCUGCAGUCUCCGCUAUGAGGCGCAUGUUUGAGUCCAAAGUUGCUGGAAUCUCUGCCAAAAUAAGAAGCCAGUCUGAGGACAGGAAGGAUAAAGUUGCAGAGAGAAGUCAGAAAGAGCAGGAUCUGAAGAGGUUUACUGAUUCUCCCAUCCUAGCAAUCCGACAGAAGUUUGAGAAUAAAGUCGGAGGAAAUUCCACAAAAAUAUGCAGUCUGUCAGACCAAAGACAAGAGGAAACAGAGGAAAAGAGGACACCCCUGUUUUCUCGCCCUCGCCACUCACACUCUGAGGGGCGAGGACUGAAAGGAAUGGGUGUGCCUGAGAAUCAGCUUGCAAAACAGGCAGGCGUGGGCACCUCGAAGGAGUCAAUCGAAUCCACUUUUAGUGUUCAUUCUGAGAAAGAGAAUGACCGGCGGUCUAGAUGGGACAGGUGGGGUCUGACCAAGAGCAAAAAAGACAAAACACCCUGUCACACUGACCUAAUUUUACCCACCCCAAAAAAGGAAGAGGCUCCCCACACUCAGAAGUUUGUCCGUUCCGCUUCAGAUUUCCCCCCUGUUUUCCACAUCAAGCUCAAAGACCAAAUCCUGCUGGAGGGAGAGCAGGUCACCCUCAGUUGCCUCACUGCCGGAAGUCCGCAUCCUGACAUCACAUGGAUGAAAGAUUGGAAAGCUCUGGAUGUAAACGACCGAAUAAGUCUGCUCUCCCAUCCAGACGGCAGGCAGCUUCUUACCAUCCUGAAGUGCAGUCAAAUAGAUGUUGGAGUAUAUGAGUGUGUAGCUACCAACCCUAUCGCUGCCAUCACCACUUCUUGUACACUGACGAUAGCUUAUGUUCCCAAGCGGCCUGGAACCCCUGAAGUCCCUCAGACGUACAACAACACUGCCCUGGUGGUGUGGAAGCCAUCUGACACCAAGCCUCCGUGCAGCUACACUCUGGAAAGAAAGACUGAAGGUGAUUCAACAUGGCAAACUGUUGCCACCGGCGUGGUCGACUGCUACUACAAUGUGACAGACUUACCACAAGGUGUCGGGUUCCGGUUUCGUGUGUUCUGUGUGAACAAGGCAGGACAAGGGCCACAUAGCAACUGUUCAGCUCCAAUCCUUUUGGACUCAGCAGCUGUAGAGGCUUCACCCAUGGUGGCUGUCGUUAAGACUGCCAUACCUGGGCAUCUGGUGACCCCCUCAUGUCUCCCCCCAUUCACAUCCAUGUUUACCAUUACCACCGCCACCAUGACAGGUUCUGAAAGUGCAACUUCGCCUGUGACAUCCCUUCCUCCAGCAGUACUACCAUCAUCGGAUGGGGCUUCAAGAUCGAUAGCGACCUUGUCAUCUCCAUCUGCCAUCACAAACACGCGGGAUGUUCCAAAAAUAAGCUGUAAACUUCCAUCUGCACCAUUUGUAGCGGCCAAGCUCCAGAGUCCAGUGAAUAUUGUGUCUCCUAUGACCCAGAUCACAACCAGUCUUGUAACUCCUCCUUCAACUCCCACCAAACCUGCCUUAGGACCCAUUUACAUCCCCACCACCAUAGCUUCUAUGGUCCCAUCUCCAAUCUCCUUCUCCCCUAAAGUGCUUCAGACAUCCAGUCUGAGCCCCAUUGGUGAAGGGACCUGUACACCCACCAGAGCAACACCAGUUGGCCGCACUAUGCCCUCCACGGCUUUGCGCCAAGGGAUUCCACAGAAACCUUACACCUUCCUGGAAGAGAAAUCCAGAGGUCGCUUUGGAAUCAUCCGCAAGUGCCGUGAGAAUGCCACAGGUAAAAUGUACAUGGCCAAAAUCAUUCCCUACAGCCAGGAGAACAAAAAGGAAGUGCUAAAAGAGUAUGAGAUUCUGAAAUCUCUCCACAAUGAAAAAAUCAUGGCUCUGCACGAGGCCUAUGUCACGCCACACUAUGUCGUGCUGGUGGCAGAGUACUGCACUGGCAAAGAGCUGCUGCACAGCCUCAUUGAUAGGUUCCGCUACUCUGAGGAUGACGUGGUCCAUUACUUGGUCCAGAUCCUUCAGGGAGUUGAGUACUUCCACAACCGUCGGGUCCUUCACUUGGAUCUUAAACCUGACAAUAUUAUGGUGACAAACCAAAACACCAUCAAGAUUGUGGACUUUGGGAGUGCGCGGAGCUUCAACCCACUCAGUCUCAAGCAACAGGACUUGAGUGCAGUAACAUUGGAAUACAUGGCUCCUGAGGUUGUAAAAGGCGAAGUAGUGGGGCCUCCCGCAGAUAUUUGGACUGUUGGCGUUGUAACUUACAUCAUGCUCAGUGGACAGCUGCCCUUUGAAGAAAAAGAUCCUCAGCAUGUGAAAUCCAAGAUCCUGAUGGCGAAGUUUGACCUAGCGAGACUGUACCCCAACGUGUCCCAAAGUGCAUCAGCCUUUGUCAAGAAGAUGCUGAGCAGUUACGCUUGGGCCCGCCCAACCACACGUGACUGCUUCGCACAAGCCUGGCUUCAGGACUCUUACAUGAUGAAGCUGAGGAGGCAGACCCUCACCUUCACCACGGCCAGACUCAAAGAGUUCCUGGUGGCGCAGCAGUGCCAUCGUGCUGAAAACACAACCAAGCACAAGGUCCUGUUGCGCAACUACCAGAAAACACCCCCAUCAUCUGGGCCUGAGCCACAUGUUUCCGACUGAAAGUGAAAUUCGUCAGGACAAUGUGAUUCCUGUUGGUUGCAUUUGGAAAUGUUGCAUGAUGCAUCACUCACAGCUCUGUUCUUCAGUAGAAAGACUCCAAAAUCUACAUGCAGGAGUUUCAACUUGGAAUAAGACUUCAUCAUUGCUAAAUACUCUUUGGUUGACUGCACAUUUCAGUCAAUCGCUCCCAUUUUCAGUUAAAUUCUAAAACUGCUCAUUCAGCACAAAACAUCAUCAACCUACUUUUACAUAAUGCAUCACCCAGGGGAAUGUAUAGCAUACUUUGAGCUGCUAACUUAUGUUUGCAUUUACUUAUACUACUUACUUACAUUUUAGAUCUCAAAACCAAAUAACUUUUCCUUAAAACUGUUUACUUUUUCAUGUUAACUUAUUUGCAUGUGUGUGCGAGUGUAAGCAUCUCUAAAUCACUUUUUGACUCACUAAGGCGAGAAAAAUGGUGUGUUUUUGUGGUUGCUGGAUAAGGAUCACGCAGUAAAAAUUUAGGAUGCAAUUUAUGCAUCUGUGGUUGAACAUGUAUUAAAGGUAGGCUGUACACUGGUUAAUUGCUGUGGUUCCUCAGUAUUACACUUACCUUGGUGAAAUCAUGUUUGCCCAGUCAGUGCCUAGAUUGGAGUAAAAUCCAAAAUACAUUUAUAUUAAUUUGUCUGAUGGCUCUAAUUCAUGUGAUGAGAAAGCUGAACAAACAUUUAACCCCACUGUUGCAAUUUUACAAGACAGACUCUGACAGAAGCAAUAGCAUUUAAUAGUCGUGUGUGUGUGUUACUCCCGCAACAUUACUUUUUCUAUGGAUUUGGAUGGUUGCAGAUUUCUAAAUGUGCCAAUUUGCUGUGUUUAUAUGUGGGAAAUGGUUUUUUUUCAGACACAGUAUGUAAUAAAGUAAAUGUCUAUUUUUUGUGA